UGUGUUGCAGUCGUUUUAUUUAUAAAAUAAAUUAUUAGGUACACCAAAUUAUUUUUUUUCAUGUCGAAUCAAUUGAGAUAACGAUAAGAAUUUAUUCUAAUAUAUAUGUUGUUAUAUGAAUCGGAAUAACAUAAGCGACAUUAACUAUGAAGGUUUCCAUUGAUGACGUUGUAUUGCCUGGAGACUACUGUGAAGAUAUUGUCAACGCCGGUGAAAAAAGCAAAGUUAUUCUAGGCCCAGGACUCCGAAAAGAAAUCGAUAAAGUUUACAUAACUAAAUCUGGAGUUUUGAGGAAACGUGCCCCGAAUACAUAUUGGGUUGAUAGCUAUCAAAAACGAUAUGUACCAUCACGAGCGGAAAAUGUUAUAGGAGUGGUUGUGCAGAAGGCUGGAGAUACCUUCCGCGUAGAUGUCGGUGGAAGUUGUACAGCAACCUUAUCCUAUCUUUCUUUUGAAGGAGCAACAAAGAAAAAUAGACCUGAAGUACAAGUAGGUGAUGUGUUAUAUGCUAAAAUGCUCAUAGCAAGCAAAGACAUGGAACCUGAACUUGUUUGUGUAGACUCACAUGGUAAGAAAGGAAGAUUGGGUGUAUUAAAUGAUGGCUUCGUCUUCAAAUGCUCCCUGAACCUAGUUAGAAAAGUUUUAAGUCCUAACUGUCCCCUUCUAAAUUCACUAAAAAAUGAAUGGCCAUUUGAAUUAGCCGUAGGUAUGAACGGAAGAAUUUGGAUAAAAGCAAAAACUAUGAGGGAAACUAUUGCAGUAGGUAAUGCUAUUCUAGGAUGUGAAUAUUUGAGUGAUAGUGAAAUCAAGAGCAUGUGUACGAAUAUAGCCAGUCUACUUGCUGGACAUGUAUCAUAAUAAAUAUCUAACAAAGAAUAAAAAUGUGUUUUAAUUCAAAUUAUAUUUGAUCCUUCUUCAUCAUCACAUCUAAAACUAUAAGAUGAAAUAAAUAAAGGUGUUUAUUGAAUCAUUCCAGGUAACAACUUCUAUGCUUUGGAAUUCAGUCCAUUUGUAAGAUAUUGUUUUUCUGUUGCCGGAAAUUGAUUUUUAUAACCUUUUAUGAAAUUGAUUUGAUUAGUUUCUCCUGCAUGCAAGUUUAAAAUGCAAACAUAUUGAUGCAGAAAUAAAGAUUCUUGAUUGUACUUUCAGCAACAGCUCCAUAACGAAUGUGCAGUCAAUAGCUUUGAUUGUAAUAACAUUUGUUGACUUAAUAUUUAAUAUUCAUAUUUCUCAAAAAAAAAAAAUCUAGCAAGUUGUAUAGUAAGCCUUGUUUGUUUUAAUUAUAAUUCAUACAACAAGGUAAAUAAAAAAAGUUAUUCUGUAAAAGCCCUAAAAUAAUAAGAAAUGUACUAGUGUUAUUUUUUACUCUAUUCCUGUCUCUAGAC